AUGAACACCCGACAACUCUCCACCCUGCCUUCGAGACCCUUCCUCGCGCUGCGCCUGCGACUUCUGAAUAUCCAACCGUCAUCGCCCUUCCGUCUUCCUCCUCAGCGACGCAGAACCCAUGUCCAUGCCUUCUCGACAUCUGCCUCCUCAGAAGCUCCCGGAGUCAUGUUGAGCAAGGCUAAUCGCAAGUACGAGGCUUCCAAGCCUGUCGCCGCCGCUCAGCCCGACCUAAAGAAGGAGCUCUUUCCCUCCAGUAGCCCGGCCUACCGCGAUGGGAAUAUCUCGGAUUUCGCCAAGCAACGGAGCAGCCAAUCGUCCAUUACAGGCGGGAGGCUCAGUCAAAAUGCUUUCGCCAGUGCGACUCGAGGGUCUUCGAAGGCACACGGUCUACCUCUAAACCCAAGAUCAGAUAAUCCUGGUUCACGAUCUGUGCACACCAAUUCAGUGACAAGUUUCGUGAAGCCCACGUCGGGCCUCCAAUCGCUUCUUGCCCGGUCCGAUUCCUUCAAGGACGAGCCUGUUAGCAGUACUGCUCCUAGCGCAGCAGCCUCAUCGAUCGAUUCGAUCUAUAUAGGCGAUGAUGACUUUAGUGACGAUGAGAACCUUGAACUGAGCUUCCAACGUCCCGAGGCACUCCCUCCGCCCUCGCUUCCGCGACAGAGACCACCUAAUACGCCGCCAGUUCAAUCAUACGUGCCAUCUCCUGCCACAUCAACCACACAAUUUCCAUGGACAUCGUCACCUUUGGAACACUGGCAUCCGCCUCCGAACCCUCAAAGACAUGUACAAAAGCGCGAAUCUCCCGAAGAUAUCCAAUCCGUACCGGUCGCAGCGCCUGUAGCCAAGAAACGGAAACUCCCUCCUAAUUUCACAAAGAAGGAAGUUGAGAAGAAAGUUGAGAAGAAAGUUGACCUCUUUGCCGGGGCUAGCAACUCGAGGCAGUACAAGAACACGACUGUGAAGAAGGAAAUUGGCACGAAGCAGGAGAGCAACGAUGAGGAUCGGUUUGUCUCUUCAAAGUCAACAGCCACUCCUGCGACUAAGGUGAAACCAACACCAGCAUGGGAAACCACCCCUGGCGCUCUUCAAGCAAAGAAGAAUCAGCUCAGAAACCAGAGCAAGAUCAAGUCCGAGUCUCAGACAGAUCUCUCUAUGGAAGAGAUCAGACAAGCUACAGCAGAUCAUCAUGCCACUCUUCACAAAGUUUCUCAUUCCGCCAUGUCCCUUAGCGCCGAGCAACAACAGGUGCACGAAUUGGUAGUUGACAAAGGGCAGAGUGUCUUUUUCACCGGUCCUGCUGGAACUGGUAAAUCAAUAUUGAUGAGAGCAAUUGUUGCCAGCUUAAAGCGGAAAUGGGCUCGCGAUCCGGAGCGGGUAAGCAUUACAGCUUCAACCGGACUUGCAGCGUGCCACAUUGGUGGUCAGACACUUCAUAGUUUUUCUGGUAUCGGUCUAGGAAAGGAAGACGUCCCCACGCUUGUGAAAAAGAUUCGGAGGAAUGCCAAAGCCAAAAACCGUUGGUUGAAAACAAGAGUUCUCAUUAUGGAUGAGGUUUCCAUGGUUGAUGGCGACUUAUUUGACAAAUUGGAUCAAAUUGCGCGCCAAAUCCGCAACAAUGGACGCCCAUGGGGCGGAAUCCAACUUGUCAUCACUGGCGACUUUUUCCAACUACCGCCAGUGCCCGACAGAAACAAGCGUGAUACGAAGUUUGCCUUCGAUGCCGCUACAUGGAGCACUUCCAUCGAUCACACGAUUGGUUUGACACAGGUAUUUCGUCAGAAAGACCAUGAAUUCGCCGAAAUGCUCAACGAAAUGCGCCUUGGAAGAGUCAGCGAACAGACAGUACAGACGUUUAGGAGUCUCUCGAGACCGCUUGUGUACGACGAUGGAAUCACUGCCACUGAGCUCUUCCCAACCCGAGGAGAGGUUGAGUCAUCCAACUCGAUGCGACUACGGGCCCUGCCCGGUGAAAUUCGCACAUUUGCAGCGCAAGACUCGGGAGACCCCAACAUUCGCGACAAGUUGCUGGAAAACAUGAUGGCACCCAAAACUAUCGAUCUGAAGAAAGGCGCGCAGGUCAUGCUCAUCAAGAACCUAGACGACACUCUAGUCAACGGAACACUCGGCAAAGUGAUUGGUUUCAGCAGCGAGGCAUUUUUUACUGCCAAUCCCUCAAAGUUUGAUUUGAGCGUCGCGGACUUGGUCGACGAAUCCAUGAAGAAGAUCAAAUCUUUUGCGGUCAGAGAUUCAUCCUUGAAAGAUUUGACAGAGUAUCCUGUUGUCGAAUUUCACGCCGCAGAUGGCAGUUUCCGUGUUAUGCAUGUCACACCAGAGGAAUGGAAGGUCGAGCUGCCCAACGGAGAAGUCCAAGCCAAACGCACUGCGCUACCCAUGAUCUUGGCGUGGGCUCUGUCAAUUCACAAAGCCCAGGGACAGACACUGGAGCGAGUAAAGGUCGACCUUGGCAAGAUUUUUGAGAAAGGGCAGGCUUAUGUCGCCCUCAGCCGUGCAACCAGCAAGGAUGGACUAGAAGUACAGCGCUUCGACAAGAGCAAGGUCAUGGCUCACCCAAAGGUCAUUCAAUUCUACAACAAACUGUACAGUCCGGAUUCGAUUGUACAGAAGAAGAAGAAGCCAGCCACUAUUUCCGAUUUUGCGCACAAGGGAAAAUCCCAGUCAUCUAUCAAGGCUCGAAAACAGGCCAUUGAGCUUGAUGAUGAGGAGGAGGCUAUGGCCUACUACGCUUGA